AUGGAAGAUCCACUUGUGCCAUUAGAGAAAGAUACAAUUAGGGUGGUGAUUACACCUCAAGAACAUAGUGAGAACAACUCUUCCUGGGUGUACACAUCCAAAGAACUAAUACAUCCAGUUAGCCAGGAGAGGAAUACCUUUGUUAUUGCACGCGAUGGGUGCAACCCAAUAACAGAGCUCUAUGCAAUGGACAAGAUAAACUGGAGAAAUCAAACUAUAAAGAACAACUCCUCUACACCAGACGGGAAGCCCUAUUCAUGUUUGUUUAUAACAUAUCCUCUGUCUACGGCAACUUCCGUACCGGCAACAGUCUUGGGCAAGCAUCCUGAUAUCUAUGUCAUGUCCUCAUUUAGUCCGUUGUUCUUCCUAAUUGCAUAUUUUAAGUCAGCAAUGGUUAAGGCUCAAAAUGAUGGGGAGAAUAAACGGUUACUAUCGUAUGAAGAUUUAAUAGAGAAUAUUUGCAACGACGAUGAGACUAUUAGCAUGUUUGUGAAUGAAUUCCAAAUGGACUUACGUCCUUAUUUAGAAUGUAUAUGCGAAUUGGUGUCUCUUCCCUCAAUGGAUUCGGAUGACGAGUCAACUGAUCCAUUUUACAAACCAUCACUAGAUAAAAUUCUUAAUAUUAUCGAUGAAAGAAUCAACUCCUUGGUUCAUCUUUUCCAGACAGAGAACGGUAUCGCAUCCCUGAAAUGGAGAAUGGAUACGAUGUAUCCAAAACGAUUAACUGAUGAAUUGCGAUCAUUGCUUUGGAAGAGACAAGCCAUUUCAAUCAUGUCUCUAUUUGUUGAUGAAUGGUACAUUAAUGAGGCCUGCAAGAAAUUUAACUAUAAGUUUACAGAACUUGAUCAGUUUAUUUCGGCUUCUAAAGUGGAUCAACAGGCCCAACAGGCUAUGGAUGAAAGUUUGGAAAUGAUGCACGAAGGAAUGAUAAAAUCUAAUAACAAACGUUUUAAACCAACACCUAAGAAAAUCAACACAACAGAGAAGAAGAAAACAGGUGCACUGGAUAUGUUCUUCAAACGGAAGGAGAGUAAUUAA